AUGAAGAAACCUGGAUUCACCGGCGUCGGCGUCCAUUUGCAUGCCAAUCUUGCUCUAUACACCGCUCCAAUCGACCCAGAGGAAACGUGGCGCAACCCCGAACUUGGAGACAUGAUUGUGACCAUCCCAGUUAUGAGCCAAGAGCCAGACCUGCGUGCUCACGGCUAUCUACUUCACGAUGUCUGCUUCGAGUUGCUUGCAAGAUAUGUUGACCAGGAACUGGAUAUUGACCGCUUGUUCGAGCUCUGUCGCUCGGUGCCGUAUUCCGCGGAGUGCCGUGGACUGACAUGGGACCACUGCUAUGGGGGUCUCAUCAAGAGAGAUGAUCAAUUUAGCUUUCCUUGGGAGGAGAAGUACCGAGCUGCAGACUUGAGCGAAGUGCCACAAUUCCCGGCUCAGCAGUAUGUCCAAGCUGACCCGUGGAGUAUUGAUCUCGUGCCGCUGUCUAAGGCUGUCGUGAACGACCCUCCAAAGGGCCCAACAGAAGAUGCACUUGUAUCGGACUGCUUCGCCCAACUCCCGUUCGAGCUGCGAGAAAUGAUCGCCGUGCUACUAAAUACGCAAGAAAUGCUCAACCUACAGAGCGCUGUGCGAAGUUUCCUGCCAAUGUUCGAGAGCAAACGAUUCUGGGUAUCACGAUACUGGUCUGGAAACGAUCGCGGCUUCUUCUUCGAAGUUCUCGGGUUUAAGAACAAGUAUUGCCUCAGAGCCUUGUGGAAAGCGACUGCCAACCAAAUGAAGAAUUCCUUAUUCAACAGAGCGCGUAUCUGGUCCAUCGUAAGGACGAUCGUCCCACUGAUCGACACACGCAUCACUCCACCCACCAGUAAUCCACCACUUGGCAUUUCAUCGUCGAUUGAAACCCAGCAAUGUGUAGGGCUAUUGCCCACAUCUCCCACGGCAAGUUCCAGAGGCUGCUAUACCACCACAUAUCGAAGGAUGGCAUGGCCUAAAGAAGUCGUCCGCCUGGCCGUCUCGCUAGCUGAUACAGGUGGGGACAAGUAUAUAUCCGGAUUCCAGCUCACCACGAAAGAUGGAUCGUCAAUCUGCACGGGAUAUAUGUUCCCAGAACAAUUGUCAUGUACAAUCGACUCGGAAGUCACCGGCUUUUUGGUAGCUAUAGGCUCCAGGGGACUACAUGCAAUUCGUAUUCUACUUAAGUCGGGCUGGAAGUCUCCUUGGCUCGGAGAUCCGACGGACGUCCCAAUUACACACCGACUUGCCAGCAUCGAUCCUCUCCUACAACUACGCAUCGGUUUUGACGCAUUCAAAAUUACUAGAUUUCAAGUUGUCAAUGCUCGGGACUCUAAUAACCUGCUUCUUGACAAUAAACGCAUUGUAGACCCCCGGAACAAGAGAGGCAUCGUCGACCUUCGUAGAAGUGCAACAUGGUAUCCGGGCCCGCCACCACCUGACUUGCAUCUCCUCCCGCGGCAUGCUCGUCUACCAUUGGGAUUUCGACCCAUCUACUGGGGCCAUUUUGGCGGACCAGAGGGCAAACAUCUCAAGUACUUGACCGCUGUCUGGGUACGCAGACGGCAAAGUAUCAACCACAUCGAGUUUGAAUAUGCCGACGGUGCCCCAAUCGCGCUUCGGCACUGCCUGGGCCGACAUGAAGACACCACAACGGAUGAAUGGGAGCGAUGUUCAAUCGAUGGCAGAGCGGGCGAGCGCAUUGAAUCUAUCUCGGUUAGUUUUGGGCCACCUUGGGAUCAUGAUGAGGACCAAGAGGUAGACCCAGAUGUGUUGUGGGCUCUGCAAAUCAAGACUACAUUGGGUCGUAGAUUCUCGUUCGUGCCCCGAGAUGAAGAGGAGAAUGAGUCAGGAGAGGAAGAUGAACCGAGCUGGAGACCGGAAAUCAAAUUCACAAAGCUUCCAAUGGUGGAUCAUACUGUCAUCACGGGGCUCUUUGCAACUCAGCACCCGACUCUUGGUUUCACAGACUUGGGCCUCAUGACCGAAGUAUGUCCCGAGUCUAUCAAGUCGGAGCGAGACACCGAGCCAAGAGGACGCAAUUGAAAGCCCAAGGCGACUUGCAAGAAGAAUGGCAAUUUUGGAGAAGAAUUUUUCGAUCCAGGAUCUUCUACGACCAGGGAUUUACGACAAGCAGAGUUGGCGAUCAUCCACUCAAUUCCUCCUCGUCUUCUCGCCCUUUCCUUUC